GUCCGCGGCCGCAGUAUGAGGAGCGCGCCGAGAGCGCGGCACGCCGCUUGUCUCCUGUGAAUGGGGGCCCCCACGGCGCUCGUGUCCGGCGGCGGGCCGCCGGCCCUGCUGCUUGUCCUGGCGCUGGCGGCCACGGCAGCCGCGAGGGCCGCUCCCUCGUCGGCCUUCCUGAGCUCCAUGUUCGCCGCGCAGACGCAGCAGGACCCGUGCUUCGACGAAAUGAACAACCCGCGCCGGUGCAUCCCGGACUUUGUGAACGCCGCGUUCGGCAAGGAGGUGCGCGUCAGCUCCGAGUGCGGCAACCCGCCGUCGCGCUACUGCGCCACGGCCACCGACGAGAAGGGCGAGAUCGUGCGCAACUGCCAGAUCUGCGACGCCGGCAACCCGAAGCGCCGGCACCCGGCCGCCUACCUGACCGACCUGAACAACCCGAACAACGUCACCUGCUGGAUGUCCGAGCCGUUCCAGCAGCCGCUGCACAACGUGUCCCUCGUGCUCAGCCUGGGCAAGAAGUACGAGCUGACCUACGUGAGCCUGCAGUUCUGCGGCGCCAAGCCGGACUCCCUGGCCAUCUACAAGAGCACCGACCACGGCCGCUCGUGGCAGCCGUUCCAGUUCUACUCGUCGCAGUGCCGCAAGAUGUACGGCCGCCCCAACCGCGCGUUGAUCACGAAGGCCAACGAGCAGGAGCCGCUCUGCAGCGACCCGCAGUCGAGCACCGAGCAGCUCUCCGGCGCUCGCAUCGCCUUCUCGACGCUCGAAGGGCGCCCGUCGGCCUACGAGUUCGACAGCAGCCCCGUGCUGCAGGAGUGGGUCACUGCCACCGACGUCAAGGUGGUCUUCAACCGGCUCACCAACUGGGCGCUGCCGGAGCCCGCCUCGGCCGACAACGAGACGCUGGUGCCGGCGCGCGACGCCUCCUACUACUACGCCGUGUCCGACUUCGCCGUGGGCGGCCGCUGCAAGUGCAACGGCCACGGCUCGCGCUGCGUCCAGAACAGGGACGGCCAGCUGGCCUGCGAGUGCAAGCACAACACCGCGGGCCGCGACUGCGAAAAGUGCAAGCCCUUCUACUACGACCGGCCGUGGGGGAGGGCCACGGCACACGACGCCCACGAGUGCGUCCCGUGCAACUGCAACCUGCACGCCCGGCGGUGCCGCUUCAACAUGGAGCUGUACAAGCUGUCGGGUCGCCAGAGCGGCGGCGUCUGCCUGAACUGCCGCCACAACACGGCCGGACGCCACUGUCACUACUGCAAAGAAGGCUAUUACCGGGACCAUUCCAAGCCCAUCACACACCGAAAAGCGUGCAGAGCGUGCGACUGCCACCCGGUGGGCGCCUCGGGGCGCACCUGCAACCAGACCACGGGCCAGUGCCCCUGCAAGGACGGCGUCACCGGUACCACGUGCAACCGCUGUGCCAAGGGAUACCAGCAGAGCCGGUCGCCCAUUGCGCCAUGCAUCAAGAUACCUGCGGUGGACCAUUCAGUUAUGGCAUCUGGAGGACCUGAACAAUGCUCGAAAUGCAAAACGACGACAAAGAGAAUCAACCAGAGAAAGUACUGCAAGCGGGACUUCGCCAUCCAGGCCAAUGUGCUGUCCCGAGAGACGGUGGGCAGCUGGGUGCGGUUCAACAUCCAGGUGGUGGACAUCUUCAAGUACGGCCCGUCCAAGGUGCGGCGCGGCAACGACUUCCUUUGGGUGCCGAUGGCCGACCUGGCCUGCAAGUGCCCAAAACUGAGGCUCAAGAGCAGCUACCUCAUUCUGGGUAACGAAGAGAUACAUGACGGCCAGCCGGGACUCACGGCGGACAAGAACAGCAUCGUCAUCGACUGGAAGGAUGAGUGGGGAAGGAGGCUGCGAAAGUUUCAAAGGCGGCAAAGGAAAGAAUGGUCUGAAGAAGGCUAUGAGGAGCCCUCACACUUUACACAGUGUCUAAUGAGCAUUUACCACAAUGAAACCGUGUCCUUUGAUGUAGCAGACGAUGACACUUUGCCAUCCUGAUAGUAAGCUCUAGCCAUGUUCAAACACACCUUGAGAUCCCAUCAGUGAAAAAGAAGUUGAUGUCAAAGUACUCCAGACUGCUUAGUCAAGGUAUUUUUCUGUUUGUUCAUCUUUACAAGAAAAGAAAAAAUGUUUGUGCUGCUACUCAUGAAUGCCAAGCAAUGCAAACUGAUACCUGAGAACUGUCAUAUCAUAAAGUGAAAGAAAUGUGUUUAUGCACUGAACACGCUCUCAUGGAUCUUCUUUGAUGCUUGCACGAGUGUGGCCACUGGUAGUCAUUGUAUUGAAACUAAUAAGUGCAAACAUAUCUGCUGCACAUGAACUCUUUGUCUGUUAGCUGAUCAGAAACAUUGCUAGCAUUAUUAGGAAAAAAGUACGAGGUAAUUAGGCAUGUUUUACACAAGGACAAUAAAAGGGCAUGCGAAAAAUAGUCUUCAGUCACAGUGUUAAGUGCUGUACAUGUCUGCACAAUAAUGAAAAACCUGUGUGUAGUAAAAAAAAAUUGUUCAUGUAAUGAUUACAGGUAUGGCACAAUUUAUGGAAUGAAUUCAACCUCAGUUUUGGUCUUUGUCUUGAAUAGUAAAAUUUAUCCGAAAGCACACACAUCACUGGACCACCGAUACCACCAAUAGGAGCUUUGACAAGACUGUCGUUGCCGUUUUCCUCCAACAACAUACUGCUACCUCAUGGAGAAAGUUGUAAAAUAUCAAAAAAUGAAAAACAAAAGCAUGCAAUGUUGUUCUUUCUUCCUCUUUCUUGCUACAACACAGCUGCUCUGAACUCUACUCAUAUAAAAGAUUUUAAAAAAAGAAGGGAGGCAGAGGUGAAAAGGGACAGAAAAAGGAGUACUACUUAAUCGUGCAAUUUUUGUUCUGUCCGGACAGUAACAUCACACGGUAUGCUACAUGCAUGCAGAGAUUUGACAGUCACUCUAAAAUACAUCACAAACUGCAACCCACACUCAAGUGGCUUGACGAGUGGGAAUGGGAAUAAAUACGCCACCAAAUUUUACAACCCAGACAGUGCACAGUCUCAAAGCUGUCUCGUGCUAAAUCAAGCACUGCAUGCGUGAGCCUGUGCAAAUCUCAUUGCACUGUCACUUUUGUGAUUGCGUUGUCUUUAGUAUUAGCCACAACUUUGGUGAGUCAAUCUAGAUAGUCAUACAUGAGCCAAGGUUGUCCAACUUGAACUGUGAACCUAACAGUGAUGUGAACGCUGCAGAUAUAAUUUGCUGGUGCUUCUCCUAUCACCACUACCAUGCUACUGGCAGAACCUUGGUCAUACUGAAGUCUGUUCAUGCAGUAACAACAGCAAAACCUUGGCAAGAGGAAGUUGAAUUUGUUAAGCAAAAUCUCAACAUGUCAAGGGGCAUGACAAUGUGCUGUCAUUGACUGACUUGUGCGGAAGGCUGCAAUAACAGAUGUCAAUCACACCAAUUUUUUUUUGUCUACACUCAUGCUAUCUAAGACAUUCAGACUACACACACACACACAUACGAAGAAAUUGUGAGGAAUUGAAGUGCAAUGUUGGCCAACUGUAAUGAUUCAUAGUAAGGUUCGUUAGAGCGCAACACAAGACAAGGUCAAAAGAAGGCAUAAAACCUUGUGUUGCGCUGCGCUAUAACGAACCUCACUAUGAAUCCCAACCAACUGGCCCAACUUGCCGUCAUGAUCAACUGUAACGAAUUAUAUCGAAGGUGUCAGGCAACCAAAAAAAUGGUGGGCAUGUUCUACUGUUCCAAAGCAGCCAACACAAGUGCUAUUAGGGAUGCUGCAAUGGUGAGCUCCAAAUUUAUUUUGAUCACAUGGCAUUCCUUAAUGGGCACCUUAAGUAUGUGAGCAAUCUCACAUUUUGUUCAUGUUAGAAUGUGCGUGCACCAGCUGUGAAUCAAAUCCGCAGCCUCAUUUUCAGCAGUAGAAAAAAAAGCACUUUCACUGAACCACAGUGGUGAGUACCAAGCAGUGAUCAGUUUGCUAGUAACUUCCUUUUGACAAUGGAUAGGCGGCAAUGUUACCACCAAUACUGAUUGGCAUUUUCUUGUUUUUACCAUAAGCAUUUCCUCUCAAACAGAAAAAAAAAUACAAAGGGGUAAGAAAAUUAGCACUACACUGAAGUGCAGCCACAAUAAUUUGGUUUUAGAAAAUUGCACAAGCAAGCAAACUAGUGUUGAAGCGGUGACUGCAGGUCAAUAACGAUAAAAUGAAAAACACCACUGUACAGUAGUUACUAAUAUGGAGGAGAACAUUUGUGCUAAACAUCAUCAGGUGUACUUUGUUUUUCUUGCUCUGAAUUAAAGAAUAUACAACAAUGUAGACCCUUCAACAGGACAGUUAUUUAGAUGUCACAUUGUCGCAAUAGUUACUACUUGAAUACUAAUGAGGUUGUUAUUUCCAUUGGAUCUACUCUGCACUUAAAAAAAAAAAGACCAUGUGUACUAAACUAAUACGGAACUUCCUUUGUGGCGUCACUUGUAGCUCAGGUGCAUCUUUGGGGCUAAUGAUAUGGGAUGACUUAGCUAAAAAGCUACAUAAAUUGAAUGCUUGCUUACUGUACUAGAUAGCAAAAAGCAUGCCUUAUUUCUGGUCUGAGCACUGGAUUCCUUUAUUCUAUACAAGAUGCCAAAUGUAAAGAUGUGCAAGAGCGUUCGUUGUGCCAAACUGCUGAUUUGAAAAUCUUUGCUUAGAAUAAAAAACACAUGACCUGCCAUGUUUCUUUUCUUGCACGUAUUCAUUUAUUUGUGUUUCAAGUGCCACAGUAAAAGAGAGAAGGAGUGAAGAAUAUAAACUUAUGAAACAAA